CUCUGGGUCUGCCUGGAACAUCUUCACCUUUGCAGCGCUGCUGCGAGAGUUAGAAACCCGCCGCCUCUCCUCUCUGGUUCUUUUGGUCUCCUGGAGAGGAGAGUGCGCACUUUCACCGCUGUCUCCUGCUCUGCCUGCUCCUGCUUUCAGCAUGGUAAAGAAGAACACUAUCCCCGAGGGAUGGAGGAGUUUGACACCGGUUGGGCAGCCUAUACCAGGAACUAGAUUUAUUGCGUUCAAAGUACCUUUAAAAGGGGCAAUUAACCAGAGGCUUACCCCAACCCAGAAAUUUACACCAAAAGACUUAAUUGCUGCAAUGAAAGCCCUAAAUGUGGAGCUCGGAUUAAUUAUCGAUUUAACUUACACCACACGAUACUAUGAAGUUAAGGAUUUACCUAGAAGUGUGCAGUAUAAGAAACUUUAUACUGUUGGACUCGAAGUUCCUGAUAAUGCUACUAUUCUACAAUUCAAGAAAUGGGUCCGAAAAUUCCUAUGGGAAAAUGCAAGAAAUGAAAAACUCAUUGGUGUCCACUGUACUAAUGGAAUUAAUAGAACUGGCUACCUUAUAUGUAGAUAUCUUAUAGACGUUGAAGGCUGGGAUCCAGAGGCAGCAAUCCAAGCUUUUGGUGAUGCUAGGGGUCAUUGCAUGGAUGGUCUUGUAUACCUCACAGAUCUCAGAACACAACCAAUGAGAAGUAACCUUGGAAUGGAUGUAUGGGAUUCAGAUGAAGAUAUUGUUCCCCCACCAAAUGCAGCGGAAGGACCUGUGGAACAAUUCCCUAAUGAAGAUUUUCAGGGGUCUGGGAAAAGAUUAAGAGUUUAUGAUGACAACUCUCAUAAUAAUUUGCAAGGACAAACACAACUGAGAGAUUUUGAUUUCAUUAAUAAGGGACCUGGACGAAGACGAAGACCAUUUAAUGACCAUCAGACUCAGGAUAACUUGCGAGCACCAAUGCAGAUGAGAAACUGGGACUACAAUAGGGGACCAGGACAGAGGCAAAGACCAUUUCCUGAUCACCAGUUUUAUGAUGAUUACCAAGAAGACACACAGCUGAAAGACUUCAGUAACAAGGGACCUGGACAACAGCUGAGACCUUUUCAUGGAUGCCAGUUUCGUGGUGAUUUACAGACAGAGAGACUAUCAAGGAACUUUGAAUUUAACAAAGGCCAUGGGCAAAGGCAGAGAUCUUUUCCUGACUGUCCAUCCCACAAUGAUUCACAGGAAGAUAUGAAGUCAAAGGAUUUUGAUUUUGGUAGCAGGGGCCGUGGCCAGAGGCAAAGGCUGUUCCACAAUCAUCCAUCUCGUGAUCAAUUUCAGACUCCAAUGCAGUCAGAAGAGUCAGAUUGUGUCAAAAAAGGUCCUGGCCAAAGACUGAGACCAUUCCAUGACUAUCAGUCACAGCCCCAGAUGCAACUGGAAGAUUUUGAAUUUGUUAACAGGGGCCGUGGGCAGAGAUCGAGACCUUUCCAUGAUCACCAACCUCACAAUGACUUACAAACAGAGGUGCAGCUCAAAGAUUAUGAUAAUAAAGGUCCUGUGCAAAGGCGCAGACCUUUUCAUGACCAUCAGCCUUAUGAUGACUUACAGGAGCAGCCUCAGUUAAAAGACUUGGAUUAUGUUAAUAGAGGGCAAGGACAAAAAAGGUCAAGACCCCUCCGUGAUCAUACUGUUCAAGAUGACCUGCCACAUGAAUGGUGUUCAGACAGAAAUCAACCUUUUUCUUCCCAUGAAAAUGUAUCAGAACCUCAGUUCUCCUCAUCUCCUUCGCUUCACAGAGAUUAUGGACAUGAUAAGGAUGACUUCAACAGAAGCUAUAGUAAUCGAGCAAGCUGUCCUGAAGACAAUAGGAGAGUGCAUCCUUCAGAUGAAUUUAGCAGAGGAAAAAGCAGAUUUGCACCAUAUUCUUCAUGCACAAUGCAUCCAUCCUCAUCUGUACACCAGGAAGAUAGUUCAUUAGACUGUGAAAUAAAAACUUUUGAAGCUGAAACUACUAGAGAAAUGGAACAAGGCAAAAGAUUACCAGUUGUAACAGUUGAUUACAAUUAUGGUCUGCCAUUAGAUUAUGGACCUGAAGAGGAGGAGAGAACACCUUAUGAUGUACCUCCAAGAGACUAUUACAGCUGGAACUGAAUUAAAGAAAGGCACUGUUUCCUCAGCUUAAGCUUGCAUCAAUCAGUUUUACUUUAUGUGGGCCAGGGUUCUUUGGUUGGUUUUGGUUUUUUGUACAUGUUAGGGAAAUGCAAACUCCAGUAGUAGAGAACUGAUCUCUAUUGUAAGAUUUGUUUCUACUUCUAUAUUUAUUAGGGUAUUUGUUAAGUGUAGUUGGAGACAAGGUCUUGGUAUACAUGGGAUGAAAGUAGUCAUUCCUCUUGGCAAAAUUGAAGCCAUGUACUCUAAACUAUACAACUUUCUGAGUGAUAAUUGUCUUUUGUUUUACAUUUAUUUAUAAUGUAUGUAAUAGUAAGAUGCUAAAGUCAUAACAAAAUACUGCACUGUCAGAUAAACUACCGUUAAGGUUAUAGAAAAAGCACUAUGAAAUGAAUGAAAUAAAUUUAUGUCAAAUUCAUCUUUUAAUAAUAGCA